AUGAACGCGUUUUGUUGGCGGUUGAUCGUUUUGGCGUUGGCGUUGCGUUCGUGCCGGGGCGCCGCCGGUCCGGUGGCCGCGACGACGACGACGACGGCGUCCACGGUGGCGGCGGCGGUGGCUGUCAACGGUACAGUGGCCGCCGACGAACCGUCGGACGUCGCGGCAUCGUUGCAGCCCCUUAACACUACGGUCGCAACGGCCGCGGCGGACAACCCGGCCGCCAUAACCGUCGGCCCGGACCCUUUGGACGAACCGGCCGACUCGGGCGAGAGAGACGCGGCGGAUGGCGGCGGUGGUGACGGUGUCAGUGGCGGCGGCGGCGGUGGUAGCGGCGCCGAGGAUGACGCAGCCGCUGCCGACGACGGUCGCCUGGGAGAUCUGUACGAAGAUCUGGAGGACACGGUGGUGUUCGAGGACUCGGAGCGCGGCGGCCGGGACGACGUGUCCGGCGCGCUCGUAGGCCAACUACCCGACGAGCUGAUUGAGAACAAGGCGGCCGUGGUGCCGUCCGGCGGCGGGUCGGCCGCCAAGACGUCUUCGGUGGAAGAGUACGACGGCGUCGAGGACUCGGCGGCCGUCGGUGAAGACGCCGCGACGGCCGGCACCAGUCCCGUCGUCCAACGGGUGGUCAAGUUUCCGGAAUACGUCAAGUCGUCCAGCUACCGCCGGGGAUGGCCGGCCGGCAACGUGACCCGACCCGAAGAGCUGUUUCGGUUCUGGGACCCGUACGAACCCAUCGUCACGUCCAGGUUGACGGCCGAUUGCGCCACGCACAUGGAACUCUUCCAGGCAGCGCUAAGGACAGGCAAAAUGUGGGCUUACAAAAUGGCCGAUGCCAGCGGACAUUACAGUAGCGGGUACUUUUGGGGAAAUACAUUUUGGCUGGGAUCGAAGAGCCUGUGCAGUGAAAUAUCGCACUACGACCAAGAGCUUCCGUUCAAAAUCGGUUUCAACGUAGUCCGGACUUAUAUAGCGCUUAAAGCACCGAUCAACUACACGGAGAGGUAUCAACACUUGGGCUUGUGUUUGCCUUACGCUUGCAUCAAGACCGAUAUCGACGAAAUGGUCAGUCAAACGCUUCAACUCGAUAUCCCGGAACGCGAAGCUAAAGUAUCCAAGGUUAAGUCGCCACAUGAAUAUUACAACGUGUUUGAGGAUAGAAUUUUCUGGUUGCUCAUCUUCAUAUCAUGUUUGACCGUGGUACUCUUAGCGUUGGGCACGAGCCUAGACUAUUAUUUGGAGAAAAACAACCGGGACAGAAUCAACGGAUUCAUGUUCGACAAUUACAAGUACGCCGUCAGUCACACCAAACUGCAACCGCUCUCUGAACAUUCCAAAAUCGAUAUGGAAGCAGAAGCUACAAAAAACGCAGAGGUCUCGUCGAACAUUAUACCCAUGACAUGCACGUUUGUGGACAUGUUGUUGGCGUUCUCCAUCCGCAGAAACCUCAAACAGAUAUGCGACAAGACGAUCGGGGAAGACACCAUAUCGACGGUGCACGGUCUCCGGUCAUUGAGUAUGGUCUGGAUUGUUUUGGGCCACGUUUGCAUCGUAUCGUUCAAAUACUCUGAUAACAUGGAAUUCCGUACGGUGGCCGAACGACAUCUGAUCUUCCAACUGAUCAACAAAGCCACGUUUUCGGUGGACACAUUCUUUUUCAUCAGCGGAUUAUUGGUAUCUUUCCUCUACUUCCGGACCACGGCUAAAGUGGACGUCGAUAAGUUAACCAAGACCACUGGGUUCCUAUCGAACUGCAUCGAAUUCGUGGGGUUGCUAAUAUACCGCUUCUGCAGACUGACUGCGCCGUAUUUCUUCGCUUUGGGUGUCGUACAGCUCACGAUGAAAUGGUUCCAUUACAAUUCCGUGUUCGAUCCGCCCACGGACGAUCACUUGAAUUGUCCCAAGUAUUGGUGGAGAAAUCUCUUGUAUAUCAACACAUUAUUCCCCGUUCAAGAUAUGUGUAUGCUUUGGAGUUGGUAUUUGGCCGACGACACGCAGUUCUAUAUACUUGGUGUGAUUCUCCUAAUAUUAUCUGCUCGGUAUUUCAAAUUUGCGGCCUCCACACUAGUGUUGUGCACGGUAGCCUCGUGGUUUACAACAGGUUACAUAGCGUACACCAACAAACAUAUGCCCAACAUCGACGACCCAUUAGCGUUGUUCGACAAGAUCUAUGAUAAACCGUGGACUCGGUUGGGACCGUAUUUCGUCGGCAUGUCCAUCGGUUGGUUGUUGUUCAAGACCGAAUGUAAAAUCAAGAUGAACGCCAUGACAGUAUUCUUGGGCUGGACCGUUUCCACCGCAGUGUUAGCAAGUCUGAUAUUCGGUUUGCAUCAAAUCGAACUACACCCUAUAACCGCAGCAGCUUACUCGUCGUUGAGUCACACCCUGUGGGCCAUGUGUCUGUCGUGGGUGGUGAUCGCUUGUGCUACCGGAAACGGAGGUUACAUGAAUAAACUGUUGUCGUGCAAAAUAUUAAUACCGUUUAGCCGAACCACGUAUUGCGCGUACCUCGUGCACCCGAUAGUCAUCAGAUACGUUGUGAUGAAACGCGACAGUCCGCUUCACUUGACGGUCGAGACAGUGGCAAUAUUGUUCUUGGGACAAAUCGUCGUAUCCUACUUGUUCGCGUUCGUCCUGUCGAUCGCCUUCGAAGCACCAAUCGUAUCGCUGUUGAAACUUGUGUCGCCAACCAAACGAAACCACUGACUGUUUUAGUGUUUUUUUAUUAUUUUUUUUUUUACUAUGUAUGUAUGUAUGUAUGUGUGUUUUUUUUUGUUCUAAUACUACUAUUGUAUUGAUUGUUUCAUCGUUUUAAUGAAACGGCUAUCCUAUCGACAGCGAAGCUCGUAUUUAAACAACGAUACAACGUAUUUAUUAUAUUAUUAUAAUAUUAUGUAGAUAUAUACUUUUGGCCAACAGUUUGGAUACACUUGACUCGCACGCGUUUCAUUUGCUUAUGAAACAUCUUUGGCUUUUCAAGAACAAUUGUAUUUUUCUUAUUAGAUUAUUUGUCUUAGUUAGGUUUACUCGAUAUUAUUAUGUUAUUUUUGUACAACUACUACUAGUACUACCUACAUGUUAUACAAAAACUAAAUGUUGAUAAGCAAAUUUUUAUCCAGAUUAUAUGUGUAAUUUUGUUUGUAAGUAUAGUGUAUUCAAUCUUUUGGCCGCAUCGUGUACCUAUACAAAUUGAUGAUCUGACAGAUUUCAAUGUAUACAUAUUUUGUAACAAGUGAAUCAGUUAGAUCAUCAUGAUAUAUCCGCAAUUGUACACCUACAGUGGUCGGUCAUAACAUAGUUAAGACCAAUUUUAACAAAUAUGACAUUUUAAUCGUUUUAGAUCAAAUAUAUUUUUUCUCGACUCCAUAAACUGGUUUUAUAU